AUGCAUACCUAUAUUUCGGUAGUGACAACAUGCAGGUUGAACUUCGUGGAGCAUAGCAAAGUCCAAGUAUCAACGAUUAUCGGUCUUGUCUUUCUCCAACACAGCAUCCAGUCCCAGUCCGUGGCCGAGAACAAGCACUUCGAUCCAUUGACGGGCAUCCUCCUCUCCGAGCUCCUCAAGCUGACCAUUUCCCUCCUCUGCAUCGACCAGAUAGUAGAGAAGCCCAAAUCCCUCCUUGCCACCCUCAAAACGAACCAUGAGGAAGCAACCGUCCCAGCCCUCCUCUAUACCGCCGCAUCUUUCACCCAGAGCGUCGGCGCCUCCUCCCUCGACCUCCUCCCGUACCUCGCUCUCUCCCAAAUCAAACUCAUUCUUACCCCUCUACUCGCAACCUUCCUCCUCAACCAAAGAUUCACCCUGCAGCACUGGGCCUCUACCCUUAUAAUGACAGCAGGGAUCUUACUCGCGCAGAUUGGUGCCAACGCCUCAGCAGAAAAUCAGCAGCACCGGACCACAAUCCAUGCCUACUUUCUCCGGGGCAUCGUUGCGAUGCUCCUGUCCGGUUUAAGCGUCGCCCUAGGAGGCCUCUUCAUCGAACGAUCGCUUAAACGAGGCUCAGUCACAGCCACAACCGCAAAUACAUUCUUCGUCCGGAAUGCGCAACUCGCCGCACACAGUGUGCUCUUCGCGCUGCUCUCGUUCCUCUUGAAGUCAAAAUGCAGGACAGAUAGAUCCAGCUUCUUUGAGGGGUUUACUGCCACGGUAUGGGUAUUUGUAUGCUUGCAGGCGUCAGGUGGCUUCUUGGUGGCGUGGUGUGUACGGGCUACGAGUUCGGUGACGAAGAAUUUUGCUCAGGGGAUGGGAUUUGCGAUUGCAGUUUUAGGACCGCUGGUUGUGGAGUCUAAGAAUAUUGAUCCGAAACUUCUUGUUGGGGUGGUGCUUGUGUUGGUCGCGGUGGUUGGAUCGGUGUUGACUGGACUAAGUAUGAGGGUAUCGAACCUAAUGGAGAAGAGGGAGACCAACGGUGUGGUAUAG